CAAAAAUCCUUGAAAACCCAGUGACACCAAGAGGGUUGUCACUGUAGCAGAAUCUCGUAGUCGUACAGUUUCCCAAAGCCAUGAACUUUGCAACGCUUGUGCCAUCGCCAAAAUCAGCACGGACGGACCGCAAGAAGGUGUCACCGGUUGCAUCACCGGUGUCACCUUUUCAAGUGGUGCCAGACUCCCGAAGCACCACUGUCUCAGAGCACACUCCAAACACAUCCAGAUCCUUCGGGUGUGGCAACAGCAUCGAGAGCUCAUUUGGCCCCCGGCAUGAGCGCAUGAUCCGCCGGAUGUGCCUGAGGAGCUUCCUUCGCGCCAAUGGCUUCAAAGAGGGAGACCCACACUCUGCACGUGGGGGUGGUUGUUUUUUCAAGCGAGAAAGCGUGUAUCCUAUCCAUGUCGCAGCCAUGCAGGGAGAGUAUGAUGUGCUGGAGAUCCUUUUGGAGGAAGGUGUCGAUGUAGAGAAAGAGACCUCUAGGGGCCGCAGUGUGAUGGAUUGUGCCCUGGCAGGAGACGUUUGCGGUUCCAACCACAUGGUUGUGAAACUCCUACAGCAGUGGUUGAAAAAGUGAACUGAUGGCACUGGCCUUGGCCAUGACUGGCCAUCACUGGCCGUCACUGGCCAUCAGCCUUCCAUGGCAUUGUCCCGGUGAAGACUGAGUAUCUCUGCUUGAGCGCCUUUGAGCGGGUGAAGAGCGCUAGGUUCUACAGCCCAUUUUCCGCAGCGCCUGCUGGCCGCAAGGGCCGCGGGUGGCUUGCAAAGGCUGGGCUUGCAGAGGUUUUUCCUUUCCACCGUUUCAGAUGCGAGAUUCUGCAGAUCUUGCGGUUUAUUCCUGAAAAGUAAUGGCUUUUCAGGUUGUCGUUUCCUUUACUUUCCCUUUCCGGACAUGAACACCAGGUUUGGUUCGGAUUCAUCCCCUCAUAUCACCUGCUAGUGGCCACAGUGGCUUCAUAGACAGAGCGGUACAGUCGGGCCGAGAUGUUUGUACAAUUUUGUACAGUUGAUGGUGGCGUUUAAGCGCGACUGUCUAUGUCAUUACAUGUAUCAUGCUAUAUCUUGGGUUGGGCGCUGCCUGGGUUGACUCAACAGAUUGGCUGAAAAUAAGCGUC